AUGACGAACCCAGACCAAGACACAUCUGCACUCGAUGCAAGCAGCCUCUUCAACGUCAAGGGCCUCGUAGCCGUAGUCACAGGCGGCGGUUCCGGCAUCGGGCUCAUGAUAACAAAAGCCCUAGCCGCCAACGGCGCCUCCAAAGUCUACAUCCUGGGCCGGCGCCUCUCCACCCUCCAAGCCGCCGCCUCCGCCACCGGGCCCCCCGGCGUCGUCGUGCCCGUAACCUGCGACGUGACCUCGGUCGCGGCGCUGCGCGCCACCGCCUCCGCCAUCCAGGCGCAAACGGGCCACAUCAACCUGCUCGUCUGCAACUCGGGCAUCGGCGGGCCGUACGGGCUCCGCCCAGACCCAUCUUCAACGUCGCUCGACGAGUUUGUAGAAGCGAACAUGGCCGCGCCCAUCGAGGAGUUCACGCAGACGUUUGCAGUCAACGUCGCCGCGGUCUGGUACACGACCAUGGCGUUCUUGAAGCUGCUGGCGGCGGGCAACGAGAAUGGCAAUGUCGAGCAAAAGGCCCAGGUCGUGGCCGUGAGCUCGAUUGGCGGGUUUAAUAAGGUGAACACGGGCGGCUUUGCUUAUGGGCAGAGCAAGGCGGCUGCGACGCAUUUGGUGAAGCAGCUGUCGGUUGUGCUGCCGCAGUGGGAUAUUCGGGCUAAUGCUAUCUGUCCUGGGCUGUAUCCGAGUGAGAUGUCGGCGCCUAUCCUCGACAGGGGCCCGGCCAUCACGAAGGCGAUCAUCCCGCUUCAGCGCACGGGCGACGAGAAGGACAUGGGCGGUCUUAUCCUGUAUCUCGCGUCGCGAGCCGGGGCCUACUGCAACGGGACUGUGAUCAUCUCGGAUGGUGGGCGGUUGACGACGUUCCCUUCCACGUUUUAG